AUGUUCAACCGCAAUAACUUACCAUCCAUGUCGAGCCCGUUCGGUUCUAGGCCGGACGGCGGUCGGCCUCCGCCACGAGAUGGCUACGGAAAUCCGCCGCAAGGUGGUCACCCUUACCAGCGAAGAGAUGAAUAUGACGCGAACCGAGGUCCGAUGGGUGGAGCAGGGUAUGGAGCUUCUCGUCGUCGAGAUGACUAUGACACUGUGAUGACUGAUGUCGAUUAUGGUUCAAGGGGUUAUGGAGGUCCUCCGCCACAACAAAGAGGGAUGCCAGCGAGACCUGGUGGAGGAAAACCAGCCGGCGGAGCUGCUGGGAGCCCAGUCUGGUCGCUCCGUCCCGAGAAGAGUCCGAACAACUCUUAUACAUUUGGAAAUCUGGUUGCGGUGUCGACGUUGGACUUUCCUCCUCCACGGGAUGGUUCCGAUCUUUUACUUCUUGUCAAUGAUCUCUAUGUCUUCUCGGCCCGGCCAAUGGAUGGUUUCCCGCAGGGUUGUAUAAGCAUGUCGGAUCCGCAGCGGACGUGGGCUGGUGUUGCUUUGACGGACUUAGUCAAGGUUCAGCUAUAUGACCCUUUCAGCCAGGGAGGACAGGCAUAUUUAGGUUCUACCGACAUUGAAGUUGGAUUUGCUGGCAAGAAGAGGACAGACGUUCCAUAUGAUCAAGACGAAUUGGGGCAAGCUGUUACUAAGAAUUUCGAGAACCAAAUCUUUGCUCCAGGGCAGAAGAUCUUGAUGGAUCACAAGAGCAUCCCUCUUCUUUUGACUGUCAAAACUGUCCAGUUGGUGGACUUGACUUCGGAAAAGCAAGCCUCAACGGCACGCGUUGAAACUGAACCCACCGCAAGGGGUAUUCUCACCCGGCACACCGUCAUCAACUUUUACAAAGAUGCGAGAACUGGAAUCAACUUGAAAGCCUCCAACCGUAGGCCUGCCGCCAACUCCAUCAUCCAACCGGACUUCAAGUUCGAGAACAUGGGCAUCGGAGGUCUGGAUGCUGAAUUUAGCACUAUUUUCCGCCGUGCUUUCGCGUCACGAAUUUUCCCUCCGGGAUUGAUUGAGAAGCUGGGCAUCCAACAUGUCAAAGGUAUCCUUCUAUAUGGUCCUCCCGGAACUGGUAAGACAUUGAUUGCGCGGCAAAUCGGAAAAAUGUUGAAUGCCCGGGAACCAAAAGUCGUCAACGGUCCUGAAAUCUUGAACAAGUACGUCGGUCAAUCGGAGGAGAAUAUUCGCAAGUUGUUCGCCGAUGCAGAGAAAGAGUACCGGGAGAAAGGUGACGAGAGUGGCCUUCACAUCAUCAUUUUCGAUGAACUUGAUGCUGUUUGCAAGCAGCGUGGUAGUGGAGCUGGCGGUGGUACUGGCGUCGGUGACAGUAUUGUCAACCAACUGCUUUCGAAACUGGAUGGAGUGGAUCAGCUCAACAACAUUCUCCUCAUCGGUAUGACGAACAGGAAGGACAUGAUUGAUGAGGCUUUGUUGCGUCCCGGCCGUCUCGAGGUGCACAUGGAAAUCUCUCUGCCCGAUGAAAAGGGGCGAGUCCAAAUUCUGAAGAUCCAUACUCAGAAGAUGAGGGAGAAUAAUGUGAUGGACCCCGAUGUUGAUCUUGAAGAGCUGGCGCGUUUGACGAAGAACUUCUCUGGUGCUGAGAUUAGCGGUCUUGUUAAGUCCGCGUCAUCUUUUGCAUUUAGCAGGCAUGUCAAGGUUGGUACCAUGGCCGGCAUCAGCGAUGACGUGGUCAAUAUGAAGGUCAAUCGGGAGGAUUUCUAUCAUGCUCUUGAGGAAGUCAAGCCGGCAUUCGGUGUCUCUGAGGAACAGCUUAGCACCUGCAUUCAAUACGGCAUCAUCCAUUAUUCGCCCACCAUCAAUGAGAUUUUGAAAGAAGGUCAUCUGUUCGUGAAGCAGGUUGGCGAAGCCGAUGCAACCCCAUUAUUCUCAGUUCUACUGCACGGGCCUCCGGCCAGUGGUAAAACUGCAUUAGCUGCACGCAUUGCAAUCGACUCGGGCUUUCCGUUCAUUAAGCUCCUCAGUCCGGAGGAUAUGGUGGGCUUCAGUGAAAUGGCAAAGGUGCAGCACAUCAGCAAGGUCUUUUCAGACGCCUACAAGAGCCGUACCAGUGUGGUAGUGGUUGACAAUAUCGAGAGAAUCAUCGAUUGGGUUCCGAUUGGGCCUCGUUUCAGCAACUCGGUUCUCCAGACAUUGAUGGUGUGCUUAAGGAAGCAGCCCGAGAAGGGACGACGGCUUCUGAUCCUGGCCACGACAACCGCGCGCGCUGUGCUUAAGCAACUCGACCUUUACAACUCCUUCAAUUCUGAUAUCAUGGUACCGACUGUCAACACGUACGACGAGUUACGGUACAUCCUUCAACAGUCAGAUGCAUUUUCUCCUGCAGAAAUAGAACAAGCGCUUGAAGGAAUUGGUGACAUCGCUGAUGACAAGAAGAUCGGCGUGGGCAUCAAGAGAAUCUUGCUUGGCAUUGAGACGGCAAAGCAAGACCCAGAUAAGGUGGGACGCUUUACACGUGUAAUCAGUCGAGCGAUUGAUGAGGAGAAUCUCUUCCAAUAG